AUGUCGCCGGAACGUGUCACCACGGAGCCAUUGCACUCUCCUGACUGGGAUAAUGACUGGCUCAGGCAAUUGGCUGGCGAUAUUGUCGCAGGAUCGCUGUCCGCAACCAUUAUUGCCCCGAUCACAACAGUCAUCGACCGAUCCAUCCUGCAUACACUUCGCACACAUGCCAUCUGUUCCAUCCUCAAACCGAGAAAGUUCUACUUUUCUCGACCUUUCUUCAUCGCUUGGUCUCUCUACGCCGCAACCUACGCUACGGCAAAUGCUACCGACACAAGCCUCGAGCACCUUUCCAAAGUUACAGAGAAAUCAACGACCGCGAGUCUCGUUCCAACGUUCAGUUUCCUCCCAACAUACGUUGUCAAUAUUUACGGACACCCAGAAGGUCGUCUCAAGCAGCCACCUCCCAUCCCAAGGCUCGCGUACAUGGCCUUUCUAUUCCGCGAUAGCAUCACUAUAUCCAGCUCCUUCACGCUGGCUCCGCAGGUGGCCUCGUUAGUUCCAGAUUGGAUCACUGCAGAUCCGCAUACCAAAAGAACUGUUACCCAGCUCGCUCUCCCCGCCUUGGUGCAAUAUGUGAAUACGCCGUUUCAUAUGAUCGCGUUAGAUGUGAUUGCUCGUCCACAGGUGGCCACAAUAGCAGAAAGAUCUGUUACGAUACGAAGAGGGUAUGUUCAGUCAUCGUCGCUGAGGGCAGCAAGAGUUCUACCGGCAUUCGGGGUGGGGUGUAUAAUCAAUACGGAUUUGAGGGCAUCUCUGCACGAACGAUGGAUGGUUAGAUAG